UCCGGGUCCUUUGGCAGCACUUCCGCGGGGAGCCGCGAUCCCGGAAGGGAGAAGGGGAAGUGGGAGCCGGGCGGGGCGAGACGAGACGAGACCAGGCCGGGACCUGCCAGGCUGAAUGAACGGGACCCGGCAGCGCCGGAGCUGCGAGAUGGUGCAGCCAAGCGGGGGCCCUGGUGGCGACUGUGGAGCCCUGGGCGAGGACUCGUCCCUGGGCAAGGUGGCAGCCUGGCAGCUGCCCUCUGACCUGGCCGGGCAUGAGGCCCUGCAGCGCUUCCUGGCCGAGAACCAGGACCUGAAGGAGGCCAUUCGGCAGAGUAACCAGAUGCUGCGGCAGCGCUACCAGGAGUUCCUGUGCUUCCAGGCCGCACAGCGUGAGGAGAAGGAGUUCCUGAUGCUCCGUUUCCGGGAGGCCCGGGACGUGGUGGAGAAGCUGAAUGCUGAGCGGACCGAGAUGAAGUGCCAACUGGAGCAGGCCCUCUGGGAGGUGGAGCAGCUCAGGGGAAGACAGCAGCCGAGCGCCUUGGAGAAGGAGAUCCCUGAGCCAGAGGAGGCGGACACUAUGACCCUGACCCAGGAGUUGGCUGAGCCUCUGAUGGCGCCUGGCCCGGAGAACCUGCAGCUGCUGAAGGAGCAGCUGGAGCAGCUCCAGGAGGCCAACCGGGCUCUGCAGGCCCAGAUCCAGCAGCAGAUGCAGCCCCCAGGAGAGGCUGGUGUGAGGGUCAAGGAGAAUGGGGUCCAGCUGGAGAGGCCAGUGGAGCUGGAGGCCCUGCAGGGCGGCGGGGACAGCGGACCCAGCAGCAGGCGGGAUGCAGCCGAGCUGCUGCAGAGGAGGCUGAAGGAGACAGAGGAGGAGAGAGUGGGGCUGAAGCAGCAGCUGGCAUUGGUACGGGAGGAGAUGGCCAAGCUGGGAACCAGGGCACAGGAGGCUGAGCAGCAGGCUGAGCAGCAGCUUCAGGCCCUGAGGAAACAGCUGGAGCAGCUGACGGAGGACAGGGCCUCGGUGAAAGCCCAGGUGACCUCACUGCUGGGGGAGUUGCAGGAGAGCCAGAGCCGGCUGGAGACCUGUAUGCUGGAGAAACGGGAUCUGGAGGAGAAAGCACAGGCUGCUACCGAGCGGUGCUGCAGGCUGGAGCGGGAGGCUGAGGCGCUGCACAAGCAGCACAGCGUGCAGAUGGACCAGCUGCGCAUGCAGGCCCAGAACCUGGAGACAGCGCUGCGGGUGGAGAGACAGGGCGCAACAGAGGAGAAGAGGAAGCUGGCCCAGCUGCAGGCAGCCUAUCACCAGCUCUUUCAGGAUUACGACGGGCACGUGAAAUCCAGCCUAGAGAGCGAGAAGAGGAGCCAGGGCAUGGAGCUGCACCUGGAGGAGCUGCAGCAGCAGCUGCAGCAGGCUGAGGAGGCACUGGUGGCCAAGCAGGAGCUGAUUGACAAGUUGAAGGAGGACAUGGAGCAGCACAAGGCUAUGCUGGAGACCAUCCCUGUGCUGAAGGCCCAGGCUGAUAUCUACAAGGCGGAUUUCCUAGCGGAGCGCGAGGCCCGGGAGAAGCUGCACGAGCAGCGCGAGGAUCUGAAGGAACAGUUUGAGCAGCUACGGCGGGACUACGACAAGCUGAAGGCAGAUGCUAAUGGAGCCACCUGGACUCUGAUGGAGGAGAUGAGGAACCGCCAUUCGGAGGGGCGCCCACCUGUUCCCCAACCAGUUUACAACAUGGCUCCAGUACCUUUCCAACCCCUGCCAGCUGCAGGGUGCAGGCGAAGUAUCCAUGAGGAGCAGCCGGAUUUCUGCUGUCCCAAGUGCCAGUACCAAGCUCCGGACAUGGAUACCCUGCAGAUCCAUGUGAUGGACUGUAUCAAGUGAUGCCCAUGAAGGAGGAGGAGGCUGGAUGCAAGGGGGGUGCCUGGCCUGCUCCACUCUUUGCUUUCCCCCCAUGGCACUUGCUGUUCUGUGACACAAUGCUGCAGACUGGGUUCACAGCUGUCUUGAGCCAGUUGGAAUGGACAGUAGGUACCAUGGGGGAGGAUGGGGUUUGCACCAUUGUCUCUGCCUUAUGUGAAACUGAAUGUACCUGAUCUGCUGUAAUUCAGGGAUUUGACAAUCUGUAGAGACUAACAGAUUAGUGGUGGGGAGCAGGGGUCCUGAAAGCUACUGAACCAAACUUUAAACCCUGUGUAUAAUGGAAACCCCUUCAAUCUGGGCAGCACCUGGGGGAGGGGCAAAGAGGGGUGGCAGGAACAUUUCACUGUUCAUCUCCCUUU